CAUUUAGGCCCAGGCGCUUCGAGACCCGGCGAAGUAGCUUUGCGUGAUGGCAGCGUCUGAAGAGCCGGAGGCCCCCACGGAGCCCCUGGACGUCGCGUGCGGCCUGGAGAACGUGCCUGUGAGCGUGUGGCCGCCGGGUGCGAGGCCAGGACCUUUCCAGUACAGUCCUGACCACGUGGCCGGGCCCGGAGCCGACGCCGACCCCUCGGAGAUCACCUUCCCCGGGUGCGCCUGCCUCGCCCGCCCCUGCGUGCCUGGCACCUGCUCCUGUCUCCGCCACCAGGAGAACUACGACGCGGAUGCGCGCCUCCGGGACCCGGGGCCGGCAGCGAGGUGCGCCUGGCCCGUCUUCGAGUGCAACGCCCUGUGCCCAUGCCCGGGGCACUGCGGGAACCGCGUGGUCCAGCGGGGCCUGCAGCGCCCCCUGCAGGUGUUCAGGACGGACGGCAAGGGCUGGGGGCUGCGCACCCUGGCGUUCAUCCCCAGAGGCCGGUUCGUCUGCGAGUACGCCGGCGAGGUCCUGGGAUUCUCCGAAGCACAGAGGAGAAUUCAGCGACAAACGGAACACGACUCCAACUACAUCAUCGCCGUCCGGGAGCACGUGGCGGGCGGGCGGGUGAUGGAGACGUUCGUGGACCCCGCGCGGGUGGGGAACGUGGGGAGGUUCCUGAACCACUCCUGUGAGCCCAACCUGCUCAUGGUGCCCGUCCGCGUGGACUCCAUGGUGCCCAGGCUGGCGCUGUUUGCAGCCAGAGACAUCUCGCCCGGAGAAGAACUCUCUUAUGACUAUUCGGGAAGGUUUCUCAACCGCUCGGACGGGGGAGACGAAGGCAGGCCAGGCGGCGGGAAACCGAGAAAACCUUGUUAUUGUGGCUCCGCGUCCUGCGCCGCUUUCCUGCCCUAUGACGCGUCCCUGUACCGCACCCCCGAAAAGCCGGCCCCGGGUCAGGAAGGGGAAGUGUAGGGGAUGGGGCACGCGGGGCCUCUCAGUGGGAGAGCGAGGAGCGCCAGCGUGUGGCGUGGCCCUUCCCGGGUGCCCUCCAGGAACCUGGCCAGCAGCGCCCGCCCCGGGGAGGCAGGCUGGUGAGUUUCGCUCGGGACUGUGGCAGGGUCACGGUUCCCCUUCUCCCGUCUGUGAGGGCAUUCUCUGUUUUCAGUUGGACCCAUGGCUGCCCAGCUAGAAACUGGGCCCUUUUCCUCGUUAGCUCUAGAUAACGAGGCCUAAGCAAAAGUGGCGAGUCCUUAAAGGAGGCCUCCCUCCUUUAUCCCCUGCUCCUUCCGCUGGCUGGGACGUGUGUGAGGGCUGGACCCCAGGAUCACCCUGGACCCCAGGAUCACCCUGGAAAGGAGCCACGCACAGCGCUGGGUGCCAGGCGCUGCAGGACACGCCGGGUGCCUCGAUCUGCCCUCCGGCUUUGGGGUGAGCAGUAGCCUCUCCCCCGGUGUCGUUUUGGUUUUCCAGCGCGAGCACCAAAUCAAUGACCCAAGGAACCAGGAACCCCGGCCGGCACCCCUGCUUGCCGGCCGACUGAGUGGAAUACAGCUGACGGUGGCUGCCGUCUGCCUCCGCCGGCGGCCUACCUCUCACCUGUUUCUAAACAGGAAUCGGGAGAGCGGCGCGAUUAUCACCUGCGACCCCGAGCAUCCCACCACCGGGAAAACUGCAGCCAGGACAGCGACUCCCGUGGACACAACCAGAAGUCGUGAAAGGAAAGCAGCCGUGAGGUUGCUCUGUGUACGUGGCUACCCUCCGAAGCUUCUGGAGUAAACAUUUAACACUCCAGACAGCCUCACUCGUCCAGGGUGGGUAACAUGAAACAGCACAGGCCCAUCGCCACCACCGCAGGGGAGGGGAGGUGUGUGUUUCCAUUUAAACUUCUGGAGGGGGUGCCCUGGCCGGUGUGGCUCAGUGGUCGACCUAUGAACCAGGAGGUCACAGUUCAAUUCCCCGUCAGGGCACAU